AUGGAAUUCGAAAUGAGUUCCAUCUUCAAGAUGGUCGAUAAUCAAACCACCAUCACCUCUGAAAUCAUCACUAUAAUUUCUGAAAUGGAUCCAGUCUACAUCUCAAUAUUCAUUGCCUUUUCGCUGAUAUCUCUAUUCGCUUCAAUCUAUUUCAAUGGUCUGCUGUUCAUUAUGAUCUACAAGCUUAUUCGCCUUCAAUUCCAAAUUAAACUCCAACGAGCCUUCCCUUAUUUGGCAUUCACUUUGAAGUAUUCCAACUACUAUCCAGUGCUAUUCCUUAUAAUCCUUCUGAAUAUUCUAUACGUUGCUGCGAAUGGUUCAAUAGUUGUUCCGGCCCUUCUGGAUUGUAGGCCUACUCAAUUCUACAUUCCGAUUCUUAUUGUAACCGCCGCUUCCUAUCCAGCCAUUGCCUGCAUUCUCGACUUCAUUCUAUGCGUCCAUCGAUUCUCGCUGAUCUUCCUGGAUGCCGAAUCAUUGCCAUUCCGCAUCCGACUCAUCGAGCCAUUGAUCCUUCUAAUCAGCUCGCCAUUACUAUGCCAAAUGAUCGCAUUAUCAUCAAUCUAUGCGGCGAAUCAACUUGGAUACCAAGUUGGCACUAUUUUCAAAUAUCGAACGCUCUUCGAUUUUUUCGCCACCGAACUCUUCCUAAUCGUCGUCUUCAAUGGAAUAUCACUUGGCGUUUAUUUGGUGAUUUUGGCGAGGGUGGCCCGCCAAUUUUGGAAGUUUGGAAGGACGAACGACUUCACGGCGAUCAAGCAAGCGAUUCCGGUCUCCGGCAUUCAAUUUAUUGCCAAUAUUCUAAUGUUUUUUAUGUAUAAUCAAUCCAUCGAAAAUCCGUGGAACUUUGGAAAAAUCAUAAUGAUCAAAUAUGUGAUCACCCAGAUUCUCUGCGUCGUCAUCCCAAUCGCAAUUCUUCGCGGCAAUUCCCAUCUUUGGCAAAAAUUCAAACGUUCAGGAAUCUGCUGCCGACGAAGGACCAUUCAAAUCAGUCCGAUAAUUGGCAAUGAUCAAGUAAUUUAUAUAAUUAGCGCACAGCGUGAUAAUUUGUCUUGGAGCAGUUUCGCGCAAGCCCCUAAUUAA